AACUAUAGUAAAGAGGCCUUUGAGGACUGGGCCCGUCACGAUGAUGCACAGGACCACUUCUGUGAGCUGGAUGGUAAGGCCCAUUCUUCUUCCACUGCAAUGCUCCACCUAAGAGACUUAAAGACUUUUUAGACGGUGCCUACCUUUUCCAUUCAUAUGGGAUCGAGGCUGGUGUAUUUCUUCUAACAUAGGAGCUACACUGUGGUGUUGCAAAAGCAGUAGGUUUUUUACCUGCUACACUGGAAGCAGAACUUUUGGCCAGUGUGCGAGAACCACUUUUAUCAAUUGUUCUCGGGCGUGAGCUACACAACGAAUGUUGAAAAUAGAACCAGAGCUUAAUUAUCCGCUCAGGAAUCUCUGAUGGACAAACACAUGUAACUGUCUGAGAGUAUCUGUUUAGAAAGAUGGAGACUUCACUAGUCUCAUUAGAAUAUUUUUUAACACGUCUCCCCCCAGAAUAUAAUCGAGCAUCUGACGCAAUUGCGAAAUAUUUUAGUUUUGGGUGUCUUGAGAUUAUACGCUCAGCCACGCGAGCCUCUCGUGAAGCGACGCUUCUUACAUCCAGGUUUCAGUGAAAUUAAUAGGAGCGUCUCAUGCUCUGCAAAUAAUGUGCAUUUAGUGUAGCAGGCCAGUAAUGCAUUUUAAUCUUUUGAGGUGUGAAAAUAUCGGACACAUUUUGGUAUUGCGGUGAAAUACCCCUUUAACAUUGAUAAGAGAGAUUUUAUAAGGUGUAUCUCAAUAGUGAAAUUGAUUAAUCUAUCCAUCCAUCCCAAUGUUCUCUCAUUCUUUCUCACACCUUUCUUCUGUCAGAUGAGACGUCACCAGAUGCAGACUAUGUGGACCUGCUCCUCAACCCGGAGCGCUACACUGGCUACAAGGGCCCCUCAGCCUGGAGAGUGUGGAACAGCAUCUACGAGGAGAACUGCUUCAAGUGAGACACACACACACACAAAAUAAACUUGUGCACAUGCCCCUGAAUGCAGUCUUACACACAGAUGAACUCAAUUUCUCACGUGCCUACUCGCGCACAGUCCACAUCACAUAAGUGACAUGUUCCCUAAUCUGUAGCUAGCUGAAAUAGUUCAGCUUCUUUCCUCUCUUCGAUGGUCUGAUGGACAGUCAGGUCCAUAAUUAUUGGCAUGUGUGCAUCAAAGAUCCACCACCAUAUUUUACUGUAGGAACGUGGUACUUUUCUGCAUAUGCUUCUGUUUUUCAACACCAAAACCACAACUGGUGUGCGCGUCUAAAGAGCUCUAUUUUCAUGUCAUCUGACCAUAACACCGGUUCCAAUCCAAAUGCCAAUACCGUUUAUCAAAUCAAAUUGUAUUGGUCAUAUACACGUGUUUAGCAGAUGUUAUUGCGGGUGUAGCGAAAUGCUUGUGUUUCUAGCUCUGACAGUGCCCCGUGUAGCUCAUUUGGUAGAGCAUGGCGCUUGCAACGCCAGGGUUGUGGGUUCGAUUCCCACGGGGGGCCAGUAUGAGAAAAAAUAAGAGUGUCUGCUAAAUGACUAAAAUGUCAACAACAAAAAAAAAAAUAUAUAUAUAUAUAUCUAACAAGUAGUAUCUAACAAUUUCAGAACAUUUACCCAAUACACACAAAUCUGAGUAAAGCAAUGGAAUUAAGAAUAUAUAAAUAAAUUAUAUGGUCAGAGCGGCAUAGACUAAGAUACAGUAGAAUAGUAUAGAAUACAGUAUAUACAUAUGAGAUGAGUAAUGCAAGAUAUGUAAACAUUAUUAAAGUGACUAGUGUUCCGUUUAUUAAAGUGGCCAGUGAUUUCUAAUAUAUGAAGACAAGGCAGUGCUAUGGUCAGAUGACAUGAAAAUAGAGCUCUUUGGCCACACACAACAGUGGUGGGUUUGGCAUAAAAAAAGGGACGUAUAUGCAAUAAAGUACAUCAUACCUAUGGUAAAAUAUGGUGGUGAAUUGUUGAUGUUAUGGGGCUGUUUUGCUUCCACUGGUCCUGAGGCCCUUGUUAAGGUCAACGGCAUCAUGAACUUUACCAAGUUCCAGGACAUUUUUGCAAAAAAUCUGGUUGCCUCUGCCUGGCCUCAAGUGGAUUUUCCAGCAAGACAAUAAACCCAAGCACUAACAAAAUCCAAAACUUGAAAACCUGUGGUUUGAAUUGAAGAGGGCAGUCCAUAAGAGCAGGAGAAUGAUAUGGCAAGAUUCUGUAUGGAGGAAUUGUCUAAGAUCCCUCCUAACGUGUUCUCCAAUCUCAGAAAACAUUUUAGAAAAAGGUUCAGUGUCGUUAUCCUUGCAAGGGGAGGUUGCUGGAGUGUUGAAAAGGGGUGCCAAUCAUUUUGACUCCUACAUUUAUUUUUAUUUUUUGUAUUACUUGUUAAAAAAAAUAUAUUUCUCUGAGCAAUUGUAUUAGUAUAAAAUAAUAUAAUUUCCCAAUUUUUUGGAACAUACAAUAUAGCUCAGUAUUUGUCUUAUUUAUUUUAGUAUUUUUUGCUUGUCUUUAUCAAGGCUGCCAAUAAUUAUGGACCUGACUGUAUGUCAUAUUAAUAAAUCCAAACAGUAUAGUGUCUGAUUGCGUAUUGUUUGUGGUUUGCAGGCCCAGAUCAGUGUACCGGCCCCUUAACCCACUGGUUCCGCCCAGAGGUAAGGGAUGCUCUUCUAGUUUACAGCCUGUAUUCACCAUCAUGGAUUGUCUUGUCUUCAUUGUCCUUCUCAGAGUGGCCUGGAUUAUACACACUUAAGCCAACAGCUAGUUUUGUUUUACGAUUUCCCUGUGUAUUCGCAUGCUUUCACUUCGCUAUUAGGUUAUAGUAAUAGUUGUUAUAUUGUUAAUAACCAAUAUAUUAAUUAUAAAUGAUAUAAAUGGUUAUUUAUUGCUUGUUUUCCAGAAUCAUUUCCAGAAAUGUUGGUGUGCAUAUUCAGCUUUUGUGUAAUAAAUAAUGUCCUCUCGAUCAGUUUACCUGCUGGUAAUAGAUCGUUGAUGGUAAUAAUGAAAGCAGGGCUUUUGUUCACGUUUGCCUUGUAGUGUUACUUGAGUUAUUUAUAAGUAAAUACUGUACAGUUUUCCCCUCCAGAAGAGAGAGUGUGUGUGUGUGUGUGUGUGUGUGUGUGUGUGUGUGUGUGUGUGUGUAAUAUUAAUAGCCUACAGUGUGUAACCGGCUUUGUUCUCCUCUCUCUUCUGUAUUUUUUCAUUCCCAUAGGAGGAGAUGAUGACGGUAAGUUGGAAUCUAUGCAUGUUAAUCUAUGUAUAUUGAAUUGUUCUAUUUAUAAUAUGCUUUAAUGAAUGCAAACUUACACAAGGCCUAUUGUCUUGUAUCCGUGCAGGCGAAGGCUUCUACAACUGGCUGGAAGGUAACUUUAAAAAUUUAUUUUUAUCUCCUCAAAUUAUUUCUUUUUUUCUCAUCAAAUCUGCAUUAUUUUCACUUGAAACACACUAUAUAUUUUGGAAUGAAGCAGUUUCAUGACAAAAUGGCACAUCUUGUAUCUGCGCUGUUACACCCUAUAGUCAUUUCCCUGUAUGGGACGCCACAGGACAAGUAGAAACUUGGGAUUAUGAUGACAGACUAUUUUGACGCUCUAACCACUUUUGUUAUUUAGUCAGUUUCAGAACCACACCACUCAGAACAGCCACUCACAUUCAAACCAAUUCAGCCGAGACACUCUCUCUCCCUCCAACUUUUUCUCUUGACAAUAGGUUUUCAACAUCUCUCAGAUUGCGUCCCAAAUGGCACCCUAUUCCCUAUGUUGUGCUAAACUACUUUGGGGGGGCUCUGGCCAAACCUACUGCACUAUAUAGGGAAAAGGGUGCCCCAAAAAAGCGCCCUCUUAUCUCUGUAUGCCUUCAUUAAGGUUUUUGUUCAGGCAGACAGUAGUGGUGGAAACCUCUUGGGGUGGGCUACAAAGAAACCAUACACAGUUCCAUUCCUUGGCUCUAGUAUAAAGAAGACUAUGAAAUAAGCCUUUGUUGUGAAUGUCCCGUGACGUGCAGACACACUUACUGGACCAAGAGAGGGGACUCUAGUCACUCAAAUGCGAUGAGUCGACGACACACAUGUACACAGUGAUGGCAGACUAUUUCUGAACUAGGGGUGUGUGUGUGCCUAUCUCAAGCUUUCUUUUUUUUCUCCUCCCUUUCUCUCCCCCUCUCCCACCCCUCCACCUCUCUCUCUCCUCCCAUCACCCCUCUCUCUCACUUUCUUUCACCCCUUCCUCCACUCUAGGUCUGUGUUUGGAGAAGAGGGUGUUCUACCGGCUCAUCUCUGGUCUCCACAGCAGCAUCAACAUCCACCUGUGUGCAGAGUACCUAUUGGGCGGUAGGAAACACAGACCACUUCCUGUUCACUUUCUCUCCAUAGAUGUCAAAACAUUCACCAGCGUUAUAUGGUCAUAGAAUUAUAAUUCUUAGAAUAGAAGAAGCCCCUCGAGUCCAUGGCAAUUUGGAUGACGAACCAUGGCAAUUUGGGUGACGGAUUCUAUCUCUGGUUAUAGUAAUGUGUGUGGUGUAUUGGUGUUUGUGUAAAACCAAUUUAGCAUUUUCUGUAUAUUUACUCUACUUUUGUAAGUAUUCUUGUAUUGGAAUACUUUCAUAUGUGUCUGUUUUAUCAUUGUAUAACUGAUACACUAUGCGUUUACACCUUCAUUACAUCAAUGCAUCAAGGUUUCUAAAUCAGUGGUCCCAAUUUUUCACCCCAACGUCGUCAUAACAUUGUGCCAACGUCGAUGUAACCCUGACUCUUCACUCCCUCUGCUCUCGUCAGAGGGCUGGGGCAAGUCCCUGUGGGGCCCCAAUGUGCAGGAGUUCCGCCAGCGCUUCGAUCCGGCCGAGACCAAAGGCGAGGGCACACGGCGCCUCAAGAACCUCUACUUUCUCUACCUGAUCGAGCUGCGCGCCCUCUCCAAGGUGGCGCCCUACUUCGAUCGAGCCUUCGUCAACCUGUACACGGGAGACCUUCAAGAGGACCGAGCCACCAAAGAGUUACUGCUGCAGUUCUUCAACGAGACCAAGUGUGUUUUAUUUACAACAAAAAUUAUAAAAGAGAUACUGAGAGAUGAGGGUGACAGUGAGGAAAGCUAGAGAGAGGGUGUGUCAAAGGGAAGUAGGCUGGAUUCAAACCUAUGCCGACACUGUAGACAUUACAGAUAGGCCAACCAGACCACAAGACCAAGUGAGUCUUAGGGAUCUUUUGCGCUACUGAACUGUAGGGCUUCAAUGAGACCAUGUGAAUUUCAGGUCAAGUGGUUGGUUUUGACUGUGAAUUAGAGCGGAUAUUGUCUUGGCUUCGAAAUAACUGUAUUUUCUCGUCACCCAGAGCUUUCCCAAUGCACUUUGACGAGAAGUCCAUGUUUGCUGGUCAGAAGAUUGAAGCAAAAACGUUGAAGGUGAGUCCACGCAUCUCACUUUCAUUUCACUAUAUUGGUACCUCAUAGCAAUGCUAACUAACAUGCUUAUAUUUGCCAUAAGCCCAGUCCUAGAAUAGGUUUGACCCAUAUGUCAAUGGUUUGGUCCCUAUCAUAGCUUUGUACAGUGGGACUUAAUUUGGACUGUGGAGAGCAGAUGUGUGUAUGCUGAUUUUUGUGCUAGCUCACUGCACAAGCGGCUAACCAAAUGAGCCAGUAUUCGGUCAACAGACCGAAUUUGAUGCGUGCGUUGAACUUUACUUAACACUUCCAUGAUAUGGCCUACAUGCUGUACAUUUAGGCUGACAGGAAGUCAUAAUAGCUAAGCUAAUGACAACUGACUUGGUGCGAGUGUGUGUGUGUGUGUGUGUGUGUGUGUGUGUAUGAUUCCUCAGCCUCACUGAUUCUGACUAAAUCUCUUCAAAUUAUACUGAAUGAAUGCAGGUGUUUGCAGGCUAUUUAUUCACAUUGAGCCUAGCUCAUACCCACACAUGAAGCAAAAGCCUGAAACAUUCCUGUCUCUCUCUCCCCCUCUGUUUUCCCAGGAGGAAUUCCGGCUACAUUUUAAAAACAUCUCCCGGAUCAUGGACUGUGUGGGCUGCAGUAAAUGUCGACUGUGGGGGAAGCUACAGGUACGCCAUUUUGUGCCUCUUGUCCUGUGUCUUCUGUGGACCCGUGGUUACUUUUAGCGGUAGUUAUCCGUUAUGCUUUGCAGUAGUUAGCUGUUACGCAAUGAGUGGAAAGGCAGUGCUAUUUGUAGAUGUGAUCAGACAAUUUUUAAUUUAUUUACUUUUCAUUUACAUUUUCGUCAUUUAGCAGACGCUCUUAUCCAGAGCGACUUACAAAUUGGUGCAUUCACCUUAUGAUAGCCAGUGGGACAACCACUUUACAAUAUAUAUUUUUUUUUCUUUGGGGUGGGGUAAGGGGGGGUAGAAGGAUUACUUUAUCCUAUCCCAGGUAUUCCUUAAAGAGGUGGGGUUUCAAGUGUCUCCGGAAGGUGGUGAGUGACGCUGUCCUGGCGUUACUUUGCAAAUUACAGUGCAACUUGCUACAGUUUUAAUACAUACUGUAGAAAAUAGAUAUUACAUUUUUGAUGUAUGAAGACUUAACUAAAAGGAUACUUCUCUGAUUUCAAACUGAUCCCGGCACAUAACAGGGGCACCAUUAUAAGCAGUAACAAUACCCUUAGGACAAUAAACAAUACUAUUGAAUUUUGAGUACAGUCAAGAGGAAGAAGCAAUAUGGAAUUGUACCCUGUAUCGUGGGACAGUGUUAGAUCUGAUGAUGUAUAGGAAAAUAUUACAUACCAGUAUCCACAUCCAAUGUUUCUGAGCAUUUGCUGGAUAUCAAAUAUGUUCAUAAGGUAAAAAGAGACUCCGAACAUUGAAAUCUACGCUCCCAUGUGGUUUAUGGGCGACAGUAUUUCUCAAUCCUUGUCCUGGGGAGCCAGGGCACAUUUUUGUUUUUGCCUUAAUAAUAAGACACCUGAUUCUAAUAAUCAAAGGCUUGAUGAUUAGUUUAAUCAAAAGUGUCCAGGACCAGGAUUGAGAAACAUUUAAAUACAGUGGGGGAAAAAAGUAUUUAGUCAGCCACCAAUUGUGCAAGUUCUCCCACAUAAAAAGAUGAGAGGCCUGUAAUUUUCAUCAUAGGUACACGUCAACUAUGACAGACAAAUUGAGGAAAAAAAAUCCAGGAAAUCACAUUGUAGGAUUUUUAAUGAAUUUAUUUGCAAAUUAUGGUGGGAAAUAAGUAUUUGGUCACCUACAAACAAGCAAGAUUUCUGGCUCUCACAGACCUGUAACUUCUUCUUUAAGAGGCUCCUCUGUCCUCCACUCGUUACCUGUAUUAAUGGCACCUGUUUGAACUUGUUAUCAGUUUAAAAGACACCUGUCCACAACCUCAAACAGUCACACUCCAAACUCCACUAUGGCCAAGACCAAAGAGCUGUCAAAGGACACCAGAAACAAAAUUGUAGACCUGCACCAGGCUGGGAAGACUGAAUCUGCAAUAGGUAAACAGCUUGGUUUGAAGAAAUCAACUGUGGGAGCAAUUAUUAGGAAAUGGAAGACAUACAAGACCACUGAUAAUCUCCCUCGAUCUGGGGCUCCACGCAAGAUCUCACCCCGUGGGGUCAAAAUGAUCACAAGAACGGUGAGCAAAAAUCCCAGAACCACACUGGGGGACCUAGUGAAUGACCUGCAGAGAGCUGGGACCAAAGUAACAAAGCCUACCAUCAGUAACACCACUACGCCGCCAGGGACUCAAAUCCUGCAGUGCAAACGUGUCUCCUGCUUAAGCCAGUACAUGUCCAGGCCCGUCUGAAGUUUGCUAGGUGCAUUUGGUGAUCCAGAAGAGGAUUGGGAUAAUGUCAUAUGGUCAGAUGAAACCAAAAUAUAACUUUUUGGUAAAACUAAACUCGUCGUGUUUGGAGGACAAAGAAUGCUGAGUUGCAUCCAAAGAACACCAUACCUACUGUGAAGCAUGGGGGUGGAAACAUCAUGCUUGGGGCUGUUUUUCUGCAAGGGACCAGGACGACUGAUCCCUGUGUAAAGGAACGAAUGAAUGGGCCUCUCCAACUUUCUCUCUUGACAAUGGGUUUUCAACAUCUCUCAGAUUGCGUCCCAAAUGGCACCCUAUUCCCUAUGUAGUGCUGGACUACUUUGGGGGGCUCUGGCCAAACCUAGUGCACUAUAUAGGGAAAAGGGUGCCCAAAAAAAACGCCCUCUUAUCUUUGUAUGCCUUCAUUAAGGUUUUUUGUUCAGGCAGACAGUAGUGGUGGAAACCUCUUGGGGUGGGCUACAAAGAAACCAUACACAGUUCCAUUCCUUGGCUCUAGUAUAAAGAAGACUAUGAAAUAAGCCUUUGUUGUGAAUGUCCCGUGACGUGCAGACACACUUACUGGACCAAGAGAUGGGACUCUAGUCACUCAAAUGCGAUGAGUCUACGACACACACGUACACAGUGAUGGCAGACUAUUUCUGAACUAGGGGUGUGUGUGUGCCUAUCUCAAGCUUUCUUUUUUUUCUCCUCUCUUUCUCUCACCCUCUCCCAACCCUCCCCCUCUCUCUCUCCUCCCAUCACCCCUCUAUCUCUCACUCUCUUUCGCCCCUUCCUCCACUCUAGGUCUGUGUUUGGAGAAGAGGGUGUUCUACCGGCUCAUCUCUGGUCUCCACAGCAGCAUCAACAUCCACCUGUGUGCAGGGUACCUAUUGGGCGGUAUGAAACACAGACCACUUCCUGUUCACUUCCUCUCCUUAAAUGUCAAAAGAUUCACCAGCGUUAUAUGGUCAUAGAAUUAUAAUUCUUAGAAUAGAAGAAGCCCCUCGAGUCCAUGUCAAUUUGGGUGACGGAUUCUAUCUCUGGUUAUAGUAAUGUGUGUGGUGUAUUGGUGUUUGUGUAAAACCAAUUUAGCAUUUUCUGUAUAUUUACUCUACUUUUGUAAGUAUGCUUGUAUUGGAAUACUUUAAUAUGGGUCUGUUUUAUCAUUGUAUAACUGAUUCACUCUGCGUUUACACCUUCAUUACAUCAAUGCGUCAAGGUUUCUAAAUCAGUGGUCCCAAUUUUUCACCCCAACGUCAUCAUAACAUUGUGCCAACGUCGAUGUAACCCUCACUCUUCACUCCCUCUGCUCUCAUCAGAGGGCUGGGGCAAGUCCCUGUGGGGCCCCAAUGUGCAGGAGUUCCGCCAGCGCUUCGACCCGGCCGAGACCAAAGGCGAGGGCACACGGCGCCUCAAGAACCUCUACUUUCUCUACCUUAUCGAGCUGCGCGCCCUCUCCAAGGUGGCGCCCUACUUCGAUCGAGCCUUCGUCAACCUGUACACGGGAGACCUUCAAGAGGACCGAGCCACCAAAGAGUUAUUGCUGCAGUUCUUCAACGAGACCAAGUGUGUUUUUUUAUUUUUUAUUUAUAAAAGAGAUACUGAGAGAUGAGGGUGACAGUGAGGAAAGCUAGAGAGAGUGUGUCAAAGGGCAGUAGGCUGGAUUCAAACCUAUGUCGACACUGUAGACAUGUGCCAAAGGCUGCAGCAUUACAGCUAGGCCAACUAGGCCACAAGACCAAGUGAGUCUUAGGGAUCUUUUGCGCUACUGAACUGUAGGGCUUCAAUGAGACCAUGUGAAUUUCAGGUCAAGUGGUUGGUUUUGACUGCGGAUAUUGUCUUGGCUUCGAAAUAACUGUCUUUUCUCGUCACCCAGAGCUUUCCCAAUGCACUUUGACGAGAAGUCCAUGUUUGCUGGUCAGAAGAUUGAAGCAAAAACGUUGAAGGUGAGUCCACGCAUUUCACUUUCAUUUCUCUAUAUUGGUACCUCAUAGCAAUGCUAACUAACAUGCUUAUAUUUGCCAUAAGCCCAGUCCUAGAAUAGGUUUGACCCAUAUGUCAAUGGUUUGGUCCCUAUCAUAGCUUUGUACAGUGGGACUUAAUUUGGACUGUGGAGAGCAGAUGUGUGUAUGCUGAUUUUUGUGCUAGCUCACUGCACAAGCGGCUAACCAAAUGAGCCAGUAUUCGGUCAACAGACUGAAUUUGAUCCGUCCAUUGACACUUCCAUGAUAUGGCCUACAUGCUGUACAUUUAGGCUGACAGGAAGUCAUAAUAGCUAAGCUAAUGACAACUGACUUGGUGCAACUGUGUGUGUGUGUGUGUGUGUGUGUGUGUAUGAUUCCUCAGCCUCCCUGAUUAUGACUAAAUCUCUUUAAAUUAUACUGAAUGAAUGCAGGUGUUUGCAGGCUAUUUAUUCACAUUGAGCCUAGCUCAUACCCACACAGGAAGCAAAAGCCUGAAACAUUCCCUUCUCUCUCUCCCCCUCUGUUUUCCCAGGAGGAAUUCCGGCUACAUUUUAAAAACAUCUCCCGGAUCAUGGACUGUGUGGGCUGCAGUAAAUGUCGACUGUGGGGGAAGCUACAGGUACGCCAUUUUGUGCCUCUUGUCCUGUGUCUUCUGUGGACCCGUGGUUACUUUUAGCGGUAGUUACUCGUUAUGCUUUGCAGUAGUUAGCUGUUACGCAAUGAGUGGAAAGGCAGUGCUAUUUGUAGAUGUGAUCAGACAAUUUUUCAUUUAUUUCUCUUCAUAUCAGAGUUAUUUAGUUACUUUGCAAAUUACAGUGCAACUUGCUACAGUUUAAUACAUACUGUAGAAAAUUAGAUAUUACAUUUUUGAUGUAUGAAGACUUAACUAAAAGGAUACUUCUCUGAUUUCAAACUGAUCCCGGCACAUAACACAGAGGCACCAUUAUAAGCAGUAACAAUACCCUUAGGACAAUAAACAAUACCAUUGAAUUUUGAGUACAGUCAAGAGGAAGAAGCAAUAUGGAAUUGUAUCGUGGGACAGUGUUAGAUCUGAUGAUGUAUAGGAAAAUAUUACAUACCAGUAUCCACAUCCAAUGUUUCUGAGCAUUUGCUGGAUAUCAAAUAUGUUCAUAAGGUAAAAAGAGACUCUGAACAUUGAAAUCUACGCUCCCAUGUGGUUUAUGGGCGACAAUGUUUCAACCCUUUUGUCAGUGUUUCUCAAUCCUGGUCCUGGGGAGCCAGGGCACAUUUUAGUUUUUGCCUUAAUAAUAAGACACCUGAUUCUAAUAAUCAAAGGCUUGAUGAUUAGUUGAAUCAAAAGUGUGCAGGACCAGGAUUGAGAAACAUUUAAAUAACUAUAAGCUCAUGGAACCUUGUCACCAAUAAACCACAUGGGAUCAUGGAUUGGCGUGUGUGAGAUCUCAGGCUUUCUCACAUGAUAAACCCAUUGCAGACCCAAGGGCUGGGCACAGCGUUGAAGAUCCUCUUCUCUGAGAAGGAGAUCAAGAACCUUCCGGAACACAGCCCCUCUAAGGGCUUCCAGCUGACACGCCAGGAUAUAGUGGCCUUGCUCAACGGCUUUGGG